UACUCGGCUUUAAAUAAACCUCUACCGAACAAUAAUCGACUGAGUGACAUUGUAUGGACAGAUUCAAGCAAAAUAUGGCGGGCAAAACAGAGGGAGACGAUGACAUCAAAAGUUUUCUGAGCAAAGUUGACGAGAUAGAGUCAAUAAUGAAGGGUCUGACUUCCUCAGAGGAAGAAAAGCAGACUGUAGCCUUGAAAAAAGCUGAUGAGUAUCUGUCUGUUCAUGGUGAUAAGGCGGAUGCCUCCAUCAUACACGACAAAGAAACUGGCAUCACCACAAAGAUUGGAUUCGAUGGGACACAAAUUAAUAAAUCUUGUGGCCCUAAGAAGGCUUCUGACAAUGUGGGGGCAGUUAGUGCAGAGGAUUUCAUGAAAGCUGUAAGUGAUGAUGCCAAAGCCAGGGCAUCGGAAAGAAAACAACGAGAGGCCGUAGCUCUGCAGCUAAAAGAAAAAGGAAAUUUAGCAUUCAAACAGCAAAAGUAUGAAGAAGCUGUCAAGCUGUACACUCAAGCCCUGAAUCAAGACAGAACAAACACUGCUUUCUACACCAAUAGAGCACAGGCUUAUAUCAGAACCAAGAAUUACACAGAUGCUAUCACAGACUGUGAAGCUGCUAUAAAGCUAGAUAAGAAAUGCAUCAAAGCCUAUGUGCACAUGGGAAAAGCUUUCCAAGCUCAAAACAAGUUUGAUGAAGCUGUUGAUAUAUUCAAGAUGGCAAUCAAAAAUCUUCCAAAGCAAGGAAAACUUAUAGAAGACUACAUUACUGAGGCUGAGCUGGGGAAAACAAGAUACCUACAAGAAGAAAAGGCUGCAAGGCUGAUAGCAGAGAGAGCGGAUAGUGCAACUGAGAUGGAGUCAGCGGUUAAGUUAUUGCUCCUCCCAGAUCAAGGCAUUAUGGGUUAUCUCCAGGCGAUCAAACAAAUCGAUACACUCCUGGCUACAGAUAUCAACAGAACCCUAUUCCGUACUUGUAAUGGCUUCAAACUGUCACAUGCCACCAACAACACACCGAUAUCCAGGAUAUGGUCCGGUUCAGAAUCUCUCAAAAAUAUAGACGAUAUCGAAAUGAUGUGCGGAAUAAUGAGAGUUCUGAAGAAGGCGUGCAAAGACAACAAUUUUAACGUCUUCUUAGAUUUUAACGUCAAGGAGUUCUUGUCGAUCGAUCAUAGCCACGCAUUCUGUCGACACUUAACCGAGCCUGCGGACACAUUGGUCACCGAAGCUAUGACGUCACUACUGCACGAGCUGUCUAUCACGGAAGUUGGGCGUAGCCUGUUAGUCGCUGGCGAAGAUUUCGUCAAAGUCAUGGAGGAGCUUUUAAAGGUUGCAGCGCGGGAAACAAUUGUUUCUGAGGUUGCCAUGUCAACAGUUAACAACAUCGCGUUGGAUGAUGGCCGUAUCAACCAAGAACUAAGAAGGCGACUGCCCUUGAAACCAAGGAUUCACGACCGCACGGUAGCGAGAACGCUAGAUGGCAUGUUGUUUCGUGUAAAGCUGGCAAGGCCCCUCCUAGCGGAAAGGAACAGACCUGACGUUCUACAGAAGAGAGUAGACUACGGCAACUGGUUCAUGAACCGUAGUGUCGUGCAUCAUUCGGUCUUUGUAGAUGAAUGCGGCUACAAUAUCUGGACCGCAAGAUGUCACGGGAGGGCGAGACAAGGAGAGCGAGCCUAUAGACAGGUCUGCGGGCAGCGUGGGAGGAACAUUACCGUAACAAUGGCAAUAUCUCCAAUCAAUGGUCUUGUAUUCCACUCGGCAAUUAUUGGUGGCAUGAACGCACAGCGGUUCAGCGGCUUUCUUACGCAGGCUAGACUUAACCUCGACCCGGACGAGAUGGUGAUAUUUAUUUACUAUGGAGCCCAAUACAGAGCUGAAAAUGCUACCACCCUACAGCCCCUUUUUGAACAUUGUGGAGCAGGCAAUAAGCUCUCUUAAAGCGGCUGUAAAAGCUGACAUCUUAAGACCAGAAGUACAAGCCCGGAUGGGAGAUAGGGGCGCGGCUAGAGACCAAGGCCUUGCAUUGGGAGUUUUCCGUACGCGUUUGCUUUUGCAAGCGUUUGUAGCGCAAUAUUGGUAUUAGUAUAACCCCUGCUAAAUGCGCUCAGUGGUACCGAUUCAUGCAAACAUAUUUACCAAGAUGUCUGAAUGGUGAGGUGAUCGAGGGCUAAUGCAAAAUGCUCUAUGUAGAACUUUAGCAUGACUCACCGUUAUUGAAAUAGAUUUUUCGUUAUUGAAUGUAAAGAACGCGCAAAUGCUUGUAUAAACCCAGUAAUGUAUGUCAUAUUCGCGUGAAUGACUGUCUAUAAAUGCUAUUGAAUUUCACUCUUUGUUAUAAAGAUGUUAAUAAAUAUGUGUUGCACACAGUUGACUGUCAAUUCGCCUAAUUGUUUAUCGAUUUUUUAAUAAUGGUCGAAUGAAAACGCAGAUGAAAGUAUAUUUUUCGCCUUUGAAUGACGAAAGGCGCGAAUGACUGUCGAUUUUUGCGAUUGAAUGUUACUGGCGAUGUAAAUAUCGCUAAUGAAAUUUGUGUUCACGCAAAUGAGUGCUUUAUGACGAAAAUGAAUGUAUAUUUGCGUUAUUGAUCGUAUAUUGCCGCAAAUGAAUGUAGAUUUCCUGGUAAUGAACAGCAAAAGGUGUAGUGAACGGGAAACCCAUGCUAAGGUUAAUUAUAUAUAUUUCUUCUAAAUACCCAGUGAUAUUUUUUGCCGCUGCUAAUACAUCCAUUAUCUCUGAAAAUUCACGUCUCCGUAUAUAAUAAUGGAAAGACACAGAGAGACAUGAUAUCAAAUUUUGUGGAGCCUUAAUUUAGGCGUAAACGAAUAAAAGAUUAAAACAUUAUG